AGCAUCUUUAUCAUCCGGGUGCGCAAACCUUUCUUUCUGUUUACGUUUAUAAGGCCAAAGUUUUGGUUUUACACCCUAUAAACUUAAAAACCAGUAGGCGUUUAAAUUUCGUAUUGAACGACUCAGAAAACGACAAAACUGGCCCCACCACUGCCCGUCACCAUGCCCGCCCUGCUGGAGAGACCCAAGCUGUCCAACGCGAUGGCCCGAGCCCUCCACAAACACAUCAUGAGGGAGAGGGAGCGCAAGAGACAAGAGGAGGAGGAGGUGGAUAAAAUGAUGGAGCAGAAGUUGAAGGAGGAGGAGGAGAGAAAGAGGACGAAAGAAAUCGAGGAGAGGAUGUCGUUGGAGGAGACCAAAGAACAGGUGAUGAAGAUGGAAGAAAAACUGCAGGGACUUCAAGAAGAGAAGCAUCAGCUCUUUCUACAGCUCAAGAAGGUUCUCCAUGAAGAGGAGAAGCGGCGCAGGAAGGAGCAGAGUGACAUCACCACCCUGACGUCAGCCAGCUACCAGCCCAGUCUGUCCAUGCACACAGGGCAGCACCUCCUCAGUAUUCCAGGCAGCCCGGUCGGCCACAGUCGACCCGGAGCUCUGCUGGGAGAACGGAGCAAACAGCUCUUCCCAGCUUCUGUCAUUCCUGCCCGACAUUAUCAGACUCCUGGCUUCAGCUCGGGCUCAGCAGAGCACGGGCAGUUCAGUGGAAGCCAGGGGGUCCAUGAGCCCUACGGGGUGGCUCAGGCCCAGCACCCCUCCUCCUACGCACCUGGACCCUCUGUACCCGUCAACUUUGCCAGCAGCUCUCAGAUCAGAGGUGAAGAACGCACUCGGACGCAGAAAUACUCGAUCGUUGGUGCGUCUGCGUUUCAAGCCAUGCAGUACCUCCCUCACCAGCAGGCGGGGUAUCCUGUUCACGGUCACUUCACCUCGCAGCCAGGAUACAUCCCAGGAGCAUCGAUCCCGCUGCAGAAGCAGCUGGAACACGCCAACCAGCAGUCGGGCUUCACCGACGCAGGUGGUCUGAGGCCAAUGCACCCCUCAGCCAUGCAUCCAUCUGCUUCUGGUCUGCUGCCUGCCCCCAUGGUCCAGAUCCCCACCGCAAAGGCCCCGUUCCAGAGCUCUCCUCAGGGCGCUCCUCGACACAGCUUCCUCCCCCACAGCCAGAGCAGCCAGAGGUUCUACCACCACGGCAAGUGACCAACGCCACGGUCCACACGUCCGUCACAGCCACCGCGCCGCUUCACGUCCGACCUCUAACUGGCCCCACUUCAAAAACGACGCUGGUUCAAGUCAAGUUAUUGGUUUUAUUGUUGGUAAAGUCUCAUUUCUGGAGUCCACAGACUGUCCCAAACCUCACACGCUUCUGUAAACACUUUCUCUACACGACUUUAAAUAAAGUGGAGUUGUAAAAA